CCUGCUAAUGAUCCAUCCGACCUUAUCAUGCUUCAAAAUGGAUCCGGGAUGCGCAAAGCUUGAAGGCAUUGACGUUGAAGAAGUCGUAAGAAACGGGUUGACAGCUGAACUAAUUGGGAAUAUUUAA